AUGCAGCCGACGAGCAAAGGCAGCAGGGACGCAGCCACUCGCCAGAGUGACGGGGGCGCGAAGACUGGCGCAGUCGCCGUGGCAGCUGCAAGCCCUGAAGCCCCACCGUCCCCUCCGCUGCAUAGCUAUGUUUUUCCCACAGCGCAGGAGCUCGUCUCGCCGGCGGCGCCAUUUAGCAGCAGUAAAAGUGAGGACGUGCUGAAGGCCGAGACUCCCAACCCUGUCGCCGCAGCGGCACGGCAACCGCCUGCCGCUGCGGAGCGCCGUGCGUCACGAGUUCGCUUCCUGCUGGCAUUGGAACCACUCUCGGAGCCACGCUCGGCAGAGCUGAGCGACGGGCUUUGGAACCGCGCCGACGGCGACCCCGUGUCGUUAGGCCACAGCAACGAGCUGCACGGCACGCUCUCCGUGUCUGCAGCUCAGCUGGAGCCGUACAGCGUGAUCACUAAGACCGGCGGCGUGCAGAUGUCGCGGUGGACACAGGUGCUGGCGCUGCUCCAGCGCACCGGGCAGCAGUACAUGCGCCAGAAGCUGCUCAUCAUCACCGAGGUCGUUUCGCCGCUGCUCUUUGUCGUUCUCCUGAUCAUCCUGAACGUCGCCUUCGGCACCAAUUCCAUCCCCGAGACCGUCUUCACAGCCCCCAUCAUGUACAGCUACCAGCUGAACUUGCACGACUACAUGACGUAUAUUUGCUACAACGACACGACGCGACCGAUCAACGGCCUGCACUCGUGCGCCGACCUUAAUUUUUCCUACUCCUGCGACGGCGACGAGUCGGAAAUUCCGGUGUACGGGUUGUGCUACUUUUGCGGCUUCGAGAAACCUGCGACGGUGGUGAAGCACUACCUAAACUCCCUUAUGGGCAUCAUCAUCUCGCUACCGUCCCUCGACUCAAUCAUCGUGCACCAGUGGAUGGCCAAGAAGGCCGGCCUCGCCAAGGACUCCCGUUCCCGCACCGCUUUGGCGGCACUCUCGAACAUUGGCAUCGGCUUGUCCGCCACGACUCGCUUCGACUCCAUCUCAUACUCGGGACUACUGUACUUCGCCCCCGCGGCGAACACGCCGGCGGCGCUGAUCGAAUACUUUCACAAGCAUUGCGCCAUGUUCGAGUAUGUCUACGGUGGUGUCUUCGACACAGUCGAAGAGGCGCACGCAGCGAUAAAGGCCAACGGUUCAGAUGAGGCUCUCAACUCCACCUGGGGCCUGAUCAUCGUCAACGACAUUACAGAUGGCUUUGAUGUGCAAGUACAGCUGCACAGCUCCGCGUUGCCGUCACUGUCGCCGCCGACAGUAUCGCUGGAGUUUCGCGGAGGCUUCACGUACGACGGCACCGACAUGUUCCUCGCCUCUGGCUUUCUGUCGCUGCAGCAGAUGUUGUACACGUACUUCUACGUGAGCAGGGCGGAGGCAGGAGCGCUAGCCAACCUCCACAGCGGCGCGGUCAGUCCGUACACGUUGAAGGAGAUCUACCCCGUCAUCGUCUCCUACCCCACCAUCGCCGCACAUACGCCGUAUCUGCUCUCGCUCUCCCCCUCCCUCGUCGCCCUCGUAAUGGUGAUGUCUCUCCUCUACCCCUUCGCUCAGGUGACCAAGCGCGUGGUGCUGGAAAAGGAACUGUGCAUCCAGGAGUCCGUCUGUAUUAUGGGGCUGAGGCGCUCCUCCCUCUGGCUGAAUUUUCUCUUGGUCAUCUUCUUCGAGUAUGUGCUCAUCUCCAUCCUUCUGACGGUGCUCCUGUGCGCCGUCGUCGCGCCGCGCUCGAACCCCUUCGCUGUCUUCAUUAUUCUGUUCGUGUACUCUCUCACGCUGAUCCCAUUGUGCGGCCUCGUCUCUGCCUUCUUGAGCCGUGCUCGCAUGGCGACGCUGGUGUCACCGCUGAUCUACUUUGUCCUCUCGGUGCCGAUCUUCGUCAUGGGCACGGCGAACCGCAGCAUCGUCAUUGGCCUGUCGCUUCUCUCCCCCGCCGCACUCGCCUCGCUUCUGACGGAUGUCUUCAUCGUCGAGGCGGGCGGCGGCUUUCAAAUGCACCACUUCCACAGCCCGUACUUCAGCGCCGAGCCGUACCUCAUCAUGCUCAUCCUCGCGUGCGACUGCAUCCUUUACCUGCUGCUCAUGAUCUACCUCAAUGCUGUGCUGCCGCAGGAGUGGGGUACCCGGAAGCACCCGCUCUUCUUCAUCAUCGAGCCGUGGGUGUGGCUGAAGGGGACCUGCGGCAGCUGCCGCAGGGAUGCUCAGCGUGAGAGUGCAUCUGAGCCUGCCCCUGAACCGACGAGGACGACAACGACGCUAGAUGUCGUGAGGCCGACCAAGGAGCGGCCCGAGAGCGGCGCGGCGACGGCGACGUCACAGAAGCAGCAGCGACCCAGUGCUCUCGCCUUCGACCCCCGUAUCAGUCGCGACGCCUCGACCGACGACGAGAAGGUCAUCGGUGUUCGCAUCAGUCAUCUCUGCAAGUACUUCCAGCGCAACGGCAAGCGUUUUGCGGCGGUGGAUAACGUGUCGUGGAACAUGUAUCGUGGCGAAAUCGCGGUGUUGCUGGGACCGAACGGUGCUGGUAAGUCGACGACAAUCAACAUGAUCACCGGCAUGCUGGCCGCCGACAGCGGCGACUGCUUCAUUGAAGGCCACUCGAUAACCCAGAAUGUGGCUGAAGCGCGGCACGAGAUCGGCUACUGCCCGCAGCACAACAUCCUGUGGCCUGACCUGACCUGUCGCGAGCACCUCGAGUUCUACGGCAAGAUCAAGGGGCUGCGUGGGGCCGAACUGGAGGACGCCGUCGUGGACAUUCUCCGUGCCGUUGAUCUUGAGGAAAAGGUGGACGCUAUUCCAGCGCAGAUGUCGGGUGGCCAGAAGCGGAAGCUGUCCGUCGCAAUCGCCUUCGUGGGCCGCAACCGCGUCGUCCUCCUCGACGAGCCAACCGCGGGCAUGGACGCGGCUGCGCGACGUCACACGUGGUCUCUUCUGCGCGCCAUGGCCCAGCACCAUACGAUUAUGCUCACGACGCACUCCAUGGAUGAAGCGGACCUGCUUGGUGACAACAUCGCCAUUGUGACAGAGGGUGUGCUGCAGUGCGCCGGCAGCACUGCGUUCCUGCGCCAGUAUGCUGGGGUCGGUUACACGCUUCGCUUCGAUCUCACUCCCGUCCCGACGCAGGAGGAUGGCGAUGCGGCGCGACAGGCCAAGGUUGCUGCGGUGUGGGCUGAGCUUCAUCAGCUCGUCAUGUCGCACCUCCCGGAUUCGAUGUUGGUGCUGCAGACGGAUGCGGAGGUGGAGUACGAGCUGCGACUCGGCACCGAUGCUCGCCUGCCAGAGUUUUUGAAGGAUAUGGAGUCGCGCGGCAACCGGCAGCUGCGCAUCCGCGGCUACGCGCUGCGGGCGCCGACGCUGGAGGAUGUAUUCAUGCGUGUCGUCGAGCACCAGAUUGCGCCAUCUUCACAGGUGGCAGUGGUGCGUGCGGCGGACGAGGCGGCGGCGCGAGAGCAGGUCUCUGGCGAAAAAGACGGCGGCCGCACCUGCAGCGGACCCCCAGCGGCCCCCUCGUCUCCGUUAGUGCACCGCUUUGUGAACCGCCGUAUGUCGCGGGCCUCGCUGCACUACCUCAACAGCGAAUCGAUGCUGAACUACGGCAACAACGCGGAGCCGAGCAAUGGCGAUGAAUACCCGAUGGCGGACUUGGCGGCCGCGAGCCCCACACAACCUCAGGCACCAAGUGACGUUGUCGGCGCGAGGUCGAUGGCGUCCACAGGACCCGACGGCGGUGACACGGACGGGGUACAUGUUGCCAGUGUCGCCAAGAACAACAACGCGAGCGUCACGGGACUGCGGCAACGGGAGAGCCGCAGCAGAAGCUUUAACUACCACGAGAGCGCCGAUGGCGCCUCAAGCUUGUCGGCCCAAUUUCCUCAGGAGGUCGUUGGCUCGGCGGACUGUUGUGCAGCGGCAAACAGACCACUUGCCGGUCCUGCGCCGUCAGUGCGGAGGACCACCACCGCCGCACUGACGGCGCAGCAGCACCACCACCAGGGAAGCACCACAACGGCCGUCUCCAGUAGCGACAUCCCUGGGGUGGCCACAGUGGCGGCUCGCGUCCACCGUCCAGACAGAGCGCCCUGCCCUCCGCUCUCAGAGGCCAUGGUGAGCGAAAGCACCGCGCAAACAAGUGCUGCCCCCGUCCCCGUCCCCGUCCCCGCCACCACCACCACCGCCGCCGCAGCAGCCGCAGCAGGGACGAACCCGAGUGUUCGCAGCGAAGCCUUCCUCUACAAGCUGGUCACCGACCAUCACCUCACCAAUGUCUGGCAGUCGCGGCAGACGUCGCAGCGCUGGUGCCUGUGGGGGCUGCAGCUGCGUGGUAUGAUGUACAAGCGCUUCUUCUGCGCCAUACGCGACCCUCGCAUGCACUUCUUUCAGAUUGUCUGCCCGAUCCUCUGCAUCCUCUUGGCGAUGCUGCUGCAGCUGGUGGAGGGCGGCAAUGAAGGGACGCUGUACCUCUCUCCCUCCGUUUUUGAUGUGGAGUCGGCGAUGCAGGUGUCGGGCUGCACAAAGUACAUGGGGGAUGUGGCGCACAUGCACGAGUAUGGGCACAACUUUAGCAAGGUGUCCUUCAGUGACCCCAACUUCGUCAGCUCCACGGAUAUGUCCAAUGAGCUGCUUGACACGUGGUUCACUCACAGCCGCAACCGCUUCAUGAGCCUGCAGUGCGGCGACCCCGACUUACAGCUCUAUCUGACCUUCUUCUACCAGGAUGUCAUCGGCACGCGGCAAGUCAACACGCUUCUGUACAACACCUCCUCGCGCAACAGUCUUCCGAUUGCGAUGCACAUGAUGUACGCCAUAGCGUACUUUGGCGCCCUCGGUACGAGCGCUGAUGCGGCCGCGGCCACCUACACGAUGAGCCUGACAGGGCUGCCGCAGGAUGCGAAGGCUACACAGGCAACAAGCGCCAUCUCCAGCAUUCUCAUCGGCACUAUUUUUCUGAUCCCGUUCACAUUCCUGCCGGCUAAUCCGGUGGCGUGGGUGGCAAAGGAGUAUGAGUCACGCGCGCGGCACCUGCAGACGGCCUCGGGGCUCCUCUACCUCGUCUACUGGAUCGGCAAUUUCCUGUUCGACUUCACCGCCUACGUCGUGUCCAUGAUCUUCAUCGUCGUCACCUUUCUUAUCUUCCAGCGCUGGGAGUACGUCGGCGGCGAGACGAUCGGGGCCACCAUUGCCUCCUUCUCCACGUACGGUGUUUGCUACUGCUGGUGCUCCUACAUGGUGAGCUUUGCCUUUACGGAGCACACGACGGCGCAGAUCGUCGUGCUGGGCGUGAGCUUCCUCACCGGAUUCCUGUGCGUUAUACUGGUGUUCGUGUUGAGCCUGCUCGAAAAAACGCUCUCGGCGUCGAACACGCUGCGGUGGGUCUUCCGCUUGCUGCCGCCCUACUCCAUUGGUGAGGUGAUCCUCAACCUGGCGCUGCUGGAGCAGAAGAUGACGGACCCGUCCUUGACGGCGUGGAGCAUGUCCGUCACGGGCUGGCCUGACAUCUACAUGGCCGUCGAGGCCCCCAUCUUCGCCGCCAUCACCCUGCUCUGGGAUCACCCCAACCGACGCGCGGUCAUCGACCAACUCAGUGUUGGGUGGGGUGCGUGGUGGUGCCGCUGCUGCGGUGGCUCGCGGUGCUGGCGUCAUCGCACGCAAAGGGCAGAUCAACGAGGCCGGUGGGCACCGAUGCCUGACGCGGCUGCCGUCACAGUGGAUGACACCAGCGCUACGCCUGUGAGCGCCGCUGUGGCGUCGCCCAGGGCCCCACCCCCAAACGCUGUGUCGCCCAUUCUGCGAAGCCACGACAACGACUCUCCGGCCAUCGGCGCCACCGAGACGGCGGAGGUGGCGGCCGCGGGGACGAGUGUGUUGGUGCAAAACGCAUCGCUACGGGCCAAAGUCAUCGCCCCAGACCCCCAUCGUUCUCCACACAAGGAGUGGGCAGAGGAGCCAGUGGCGUCGAAUGCGACCCCGCUGCCCAUGUCCCCGAUUUCAGCUGUUGACGCAAACCUGGGAGGCGGUGUCGUGGGGUUGACUGGACCCACACUGAUGGGUGUUACAGGGGCACCGCAGAGUCAGGAACAGCUGAUGAGUGGUCGGUCUGUGAGCAACCGGGCAAACAGCGCCACACUGCCCGACAUGGUCUACCCGCCGCCGCGGUGGUGCAAGGCGGAGGUGCUGCGGCGGCGGAAGGAGGAGGACAGCGACGUCGAGGAGGAACGCGGCGCCGUCUACCAGGCCGAGCGGCAGCACCUUGCUGAGCAGACGGCGCUGUCCAUCAGAGCUGCCUCCUCGCGCCGCCACUCACGCCAGCUGACGGGCAGCGACAGCGGGGAGAAGUGCCAACAAGAGACUGAGCCGACGGUGGCGUCGUGUGAUGCUGUGCGUCUUGUCGAUCUUCGCAAGGUCUACCGCGCGCCGCGGAAGGUGGCAGUGAGUGCGCUAACACUCAGCAUCAUGCACGGCGAGGUAUUCGGCUUCCUCGGAACGAACGGUGCGGGCAAGAGCUCCGCGCUGUCCAUCAUCACGCAGGAGCAGCUGCCGACGAGCGGUCGUGCGUAUGUGUGCGGCAACGACGUGGUGCGCGAGAGCCGCCGCGCUGCUCGGUGUCUUGGGUACUGCCCGCAGUUCGACGCAUGUCUCGACCUGCUCACUGUGACGGAGCACCUGCAUCUCUACGCCAUGGUGCGCGGUGUACCCGUCGGGCAGCUGGAAAGCCUCGUCACCAGCCUCCUGACCAUCUGCAACCUCACGCAGUACCGUCAUGCCUCCGCUAGGCAGCUCUCCGGCGGCAACCGGCGCAAGCUGAGUGUGGCCAUCGCGCUGAUCGGCGCACCCAAGGUGUUGUGCCUGGACGAACCAACCUCCGGCAUGGACCCGCUGGCGCGGCAGCUGCUCUGGCGUGCGAUCGAUCGCAUCUCUCGCAAAUGCUGCGUCAUUCUCACGACGCACCAUCUGGGUGAGGUAGAAGCCCUCGCGGACUGCGUCGGUAUCAUGGUGGAUGGUGGUCUACGCUGCCUCGGUGACAUGCCGCACUUGAAGCACAAGUACGCCAGCAAUGCGUAUGAGCUGACGCUGCGCGUGUCGCCGGGGGCACGUCGUUGCGCGCAGAAGCGCCGCGAAGAGCAGCGUCAGCGCGCCGCUGCGGGGGCUGGUGUCUCAUCGGUGGCGGACUCCCAACGGUCAAACGCAAGUACUGCGCACGGCCUGAGCAACAACAGCCAGGGCAGCACAAUCAACUCCGCGCUGGGUCGUCGCAUGUCCACCUCCUACGCCGGCAACGACCUCAUCGACACCUCCGACGACAUCUUUCAGUUCAUGCUCAAGACAUUCCCAUCGGCACUGCUCAUCGAAGUCUUCAACGACGAGCGGUACAUCUACACUCUGCCAGCGACCCGCGACGUGGCGGAUGCCAUGCAGCAGCUCCUGCAGCAGCAGCAGAAGCGAAGCCGGCGCAGUAUACAGCUUGUCCAGACGCCGCUAGUUAGCGCGAAGAACUACGUCGGUCAGCACAGUGCCACGAACGCAGCCGAAAAGUCGCCGCCGAUCGUGCGUCUGUCCGAGGUGUUUGAGACACUCCGCGCCGCACAGGCGGAGCUAGGUAUCACGGAGUACAGUGUGUCGCAAGUGUCACUCGAGCAGGUGUUCCUGCGCGUGUGUAGUGCCGAGGAAACACUCGAUCAAGACCGCCGUCACAACCGCGCCAGCGCCGCCUCCCCAACUAGUCAGUCUACAACCUUCGUCGUCAACUCAAACACAUGCAGCGGUGUGACCCCUCAUGGCCAUCUGCUGCAGCGACGGGGCAGCCGCGCGUCUUUCAUUGCGCGGAGCCCGGCCGCAGCGAUGAUUGAUAGCGGUGCGUCGCCGUCACGGCGUCGGCUGAGUAUGCCGUCAUACGGCGGCCUUCCUGGCGGCACGGCGGCGCCACGUGUGACCUUCCCCGAGUACCGCCGUCUACGCGCCUUGUGGCGACUUCGCACUGAGGCCGCUGAGCUGCACCUUACCACGUCGAAGCAGCAGCGGGUGGCACAGCCGGAUCAUGAGAGCACACCUUGA